CCUGAGUUUCGGUUCAGGGAAGUGGGUGGGGACAGACCGAGGAAAGAGAGGAAAAAAACAGCAGGCCAGACGAGUUCACCGCAUCAAACGUUGUUAUUACACUUUGAGCAUCCCGUUGUGGUUUAUCGAAUCGAUGCGUCGGUGACAAUUCCACAGUGUGAGUUAGUUUAUCGCGGGUAAGAAGGGAGUGGAGUACAAUUAUUUUUGGGGCAAGAGGCCGACGGGGAAAAGGAACAGCGACUUCCUGGUUCGCGCAGCUGAAUCACAGUCACCUUCGGAGGUUUGUAGUCGCCAUGUCGGUCACGCCGCGACGUGUCCGUCUGAAGCCGUGGCUGGUCGCCCAGGUGGACAGUGGAAAGUAUGCGGGCCUGGAAUGGAUCGACCGUGACGCCAUGCGCUUCAGGAUUCCCUGGAAGCACGCCACUCGACACACACCCCAACAUGAGGACGAGGACACAAUAUUCAAGGCGUGGGCUGUGGAGACAGGGAAAUUCCAAGAGGGCUCUGACGAACCUGACCCCGCCAAGUGGAAAGCUCAGCUCCGAUGUGCCCUCAACAAAAGCCGGGAAUUCAACCUCAUUUAUGAUGGCACCAAAGAGGUCCCGAUGAAUCCCUUGAAGAUAUAUGAUGUCUGUGACAUCCUGCAACCCCUAAGCAACCCAGCUUCUUCAGAUGCUGGUUCUUGGACUCCAGGUGAGGAAGACGGUGCGGAGGAAGAUGUUCCAGAUACACCAGAAUCUCUUCCUCCAUACCCAUCUAACGGCACCAGUCCUUCUCCUCUCAUCUUGUGGUCUCCUAUGGGCUCAGAGUCUUCCAUGCCACCAUCAUCAAGUUGUCCUCAACCUAAUAAAGUUUGGCCUAAAGAGGAACCAAUUGAAACCUGGCCGAAACAGGAACCUGUUGAUGUGGAAAUGCAAGCCACGCCCAUGGCUGACUUACCCUCUGCCCCGCUUGCUGAUCCGUCUAUGCAGGGGCCUUCUCUUCCUGACACCUUAUUUGCCUCUCCAGAGAUGUGGAUCAGCUCCCUCCCAAGUAUGUUGACUGACCUGGAGGUGCGGUUCCUGUACAGAGGGAGGGAUAUGUGUCCCACUGUCACCGUCAGCAACCCUCAGGGCUGCAGGCUCUUCUACGGCGACCUGGGCCCCAUGGUCAACCAAGAGGAGCUGUUUGGACCGGUCAGCCUAGAACAGUUACGCUUCCCGACGACGGAGAACAUCACUAAUGACAAGCAGAGACUCUUCACGAACCGGCUGCUGGACGUGAUGGACCGAGGUCUGAUCUUAGAGGUCAGUGGCCAUGAUAUCUAUGCUGUGCGGCUGUGCCAGUGUAAGGUGUACUGGUCUGGGCCCUGCGCACCAAAUGCCUCGACGCCAAACCCCAUCGAGCGACAAACAAAGGUCAAACUUUUUUGCCUGGAGUCUUUUCUCAGUGGUGUGAUUGCCCACCAACGCGGACAAACCCCAAACCCUCCACAGUUUGAAAUCAGCCUUUGUUUUGGAGAGGAAUGGCCUGACGGGAGACCAACAGAGAGGAAACUCAUCAUGGUGCAGAUCAUUCCAGUGGUCGCCCGCAUGAUCACAGAGAUGUUUUCCGGAGACAACACACGAUCCUUCGACAGCAGCAGCGUGCGACUCCAGAUCUCCAUCCCCGAUAUCAAAGAUAACAUAGUGACCCAUCUGAAGCAGCUCUACUGUCUUUUGCACACCAACCAAGGCCCCCAAGACGGCUGGGUUUUGCCUCCCGGCGCAGGCUUGAAUCUUGUCCAGACCUUGCAAGGCCAGUGAGUGCCUGGCUGACAACGGAUGGUGGACCAAAAUUGAGGUUUAUGACACAUUCUGCUUGUAAAGGUGUCCUAUUUAAAAGUAUCUCUUACUGUAGAUGUGUUUUUUUCAUUUUUCUUCUCUUUUUUUUUUUUUUUUUCCUUUGGGUGCUCACUACUCUGUACAGUUGGUGUGUGCAAGGGCACGUCAUAGAUGGGCCAAAGUCCUGCUUGCUGAGAAGGCUGGUUAAGUUUAGUUAAUAACUAACAGACAUUGCCUUAAUGCUAAACAGGUUCCAUUUUUCCCCCUCACAGAUUAAAAGCACAACAUAAAACAUGUGAUUUUAACAUUUUGGAGAAUUUUCUAUUGUACAGCUCCCAAAAACCUAUGCUCUGGUUGGGUUUUGUCAUCUACUGAAUAUUUUAAAUUGAGUGUGAGUGUAUAUACAAUGUUUUUAAUUUACGUUUUGUAUGCAAAUAAUUCUUUAUAUGCAGCUUUAUGGAUAUGCAAUGUAUGUGGAGUGCUAAUGGUGUUCUGUGGCGCCUUUUACUUUUAUUUUGUGUACAAUAAAAAUGUCACACAAGCUUUAAAUGUCUGGAAUACUUCACGGUCU